AUGAAGUUCACCACCGCCGCCACUGCUGCCGUUCUCGCCGCCACCGUUGCCGCUGAAACCCCCGUCUGGAGACAAAACGUCGCCAGAUUCGUCAGAGAGCUCGACGGCGAAAUGAAGUCUGGUGUCUCCAAGAGAAACGCUGUGCCCUUGACUACCGAUGAAAUCGUCGAAGUGUUCAACAACAUCCAAAAGGCCAUUGAAUCGCAACACGCCAAGAGAGAAGUGGGUGCUUACGGCCCCAGAGACGUCAUCUCCGCCUUCAAGGCCGCCGACAGUGUUCUCAAGGAAACCUUCGCCAAGAGAGACGGCUACGACGCUGAAGACAACUUCAUGACUGCUCGUGCCGCCGGUGACUUGUUCUCGUCGGCCGUCACCGCUGCUAACGACUGGGUGUCGGCUAACCCCGAACAGUUCAAGGCUUUGCAAGCUGAAGGCAACCAGUACUUCGUUGACAUUGCUAAGGAAGUCGGCAGACUUACCCUUAACUCUGUUACUGAUAAAGCCAAGAGAAUGUUGUACUAA